CAGAGGCCGCCCGCUCACUUCCCGCGGAGGCGCUCCCGGGCGCCGCGCUCCGCGGCCGCCACCUGCCCCCGCCCGCCGCGCCGCCGCGCACGCCGCGCCCCGCAGCGCCUGGCUUCCUCCUUGCUAGGGUGGCGUUGGGCCGGCGCGGGCGCUCGGGUGAUUGCCGCUGCUCGGCUCCCCGCCCCCAGCCCUGCGCCGCGCGGCUGCCCGUCGCUUUGCACAGGGCUGGAUGGUUGCAUCGAGCAGGGUGGCUCCAGGAUGUUAGGGACUGUGAAGAUGGAAGGGCAUGAGAGCAGCGACUGGAACAGCUACUACGCGGACACACAGGAGGCCUACUCCUCGGUCCCCGUCAGCAACAUGAACUCGGGUCUGAGCACCAUGAAUUCCAUGAACACCUACAUGACCAUGAAUACCAUGACCACGAGCGGCAACAUGACCCCGGCUUCGUUCAACAUGUCCUACGCAAACCCGGGUCUAGGUGCCGGCCUGAGCCCUGGAGCGGUGGCUGGCAUGCCGGGCGGCUCUGCGGGCGCCAUGAAUAGCAUGACGGCGGGCGUGACUGCCAUGGGGACGACGCUGAGCCCGGGCGGCAUGGGAGCCAUGGGCGCACAACCGGCGGCCUCCAUGAACGGCCUGGGCCCCUACGCUGCCGCUAUGAACCCAUGCAUGAGCCCCAUGGCGUACGCGCCGUCCAACCUGGGCCGUAGCCGGGCUGGUGGUGGCGGUGACACCAAGACGUUCAAGCGCAGCUACCCUCACGCCAAGCCACCCUACUCAUACAUUUCGCUAAUCACCAUGGCCAUUCAGCAGGCGCCCAGCAAGAUGCUCACACUGAGCGAGAUCUACCAGUGGAUCAUGGACCUCUUCCCCUAUUACCGGCAGAACCAGCAGCGCUGGCAGAACUCCAUCCGCCACUCGCUCUCCUUCAACGACUGCUUCGUCAAAGUGGCCCGCUCCCCGGACAAGCCCGGCAAGGGCUCUUACUGGACGCUGCACCCGGACUCGGGCAACAUGUUCGAGAACGGCUGUUACCUGCGCCGCCAGAAGCGCUUCAAGUGCGAGAAGCAGCCAGGGACCGGGGGCGGGAGCGGGAGUGGCGGCGGCGCCAAGGGCGGCCCUGAGAGCCGCAAGGACCCCUCGAGCGCUGCCAACCCCAGUGCUGACUCGCCCCUUCAUCGGGGCGUGCACGGUAAGGCUGGCCAGCUAGAGGGCGCGCCGGCCUCCGGGCCCGCCGCCAGCCCCCAGACUCUGGACCACAGCGGGGCGGCGACGACAGGGGGCGCCUCAGAGUUGAAGACUCCAGCCUCCUCGGCUGCACCUCCGAUCAGCUCCGGGCCUGGGGCACUGGUGUCUGUGCCCCCCUCCCACCCGGCGCAUGGCCUGGCACCCCACGAGUCCCAGCUGCACCUGAAAGGGGACCCUCACUACUCCUUCAACCAUCCCUUCUCCAUUAACAACCUCAUGUCCUCCUCUGAGCAGCAACACAAGCUGGACUUCAAGGCAUAUGAGCAGGCACUACAGUACUCGCCGUAUGGCACCCCAUUGCCCGCCAGUCUGCCCCUAGGCAGCGCCUCGGUGGCCACCAGGAGCCCCAUUGAGCCCUCAGCCCUGGAGCCGGCCUACUACCAAGGUGUGUAUUCCAGACCCGUUCUAAACACUUCUUAGCUCCCUGGGACUGGGGGUUUGUCUGGCAUGGCCAUGCUGGUAGCAGGAGAGAGAGAAAGAGAGAGAGAAAUCAACAGCAAACAAAACCACACAUACCAAGCCGACAACAGCAGUAAUAAAACCCCAACUAUUUUUAUUUUUGUGCACAAUCUUUACCCCAGUGCAGAAGACUGUUACUUUGUUAUUGUUGUUCAAAACGCCUUGUGUAUAUUACAAAGAAAACCAGUCCCAAACCAACACAAAUUUUUCCUGAAAAGUUUAAUGAUCCACAAGUGUAUAUAUAAAAUCCUCCUACUUCCUUGUCCCUCUCCCUGUCUUCCCUCUUCCCCCUGCAGACGUGUUCUAGUCUGUGCAGGGUAUAUUUAAAAAAGAAAGAAAGAAAAAGAAGGAAGAACGGAAGGAAGGAAGGAAGUCAACCUUGUAAAAUAUUUGUUUGUGCUUUUUUUCCCUCCCCUCCCCCCAACAUACACACUUUCAGGAGUUUACAGGUCUAUGGCAAUACUCUUAACCAUAAGAACUGAAAGGGUGAAGAAACAAAUAGACCCUAGGGCUAUUAAACGUAUUGAAGGACAAUGCUGCUGUUCUGCAGCAAAACAUAAACAGAUUAUAAACAUCAGAGCCAUUCAUUUCAGGUACAUUCAGAUAGCAGAUGUCUUAAAAAUAAAUACAUAUACAUCAUAUAUGAACUUAUUUAUGCACACACUCAGAUAGGUAGACAUCCUCCAUAUAUUCACAUAACAUAUAGAGGUAAUAGGUAGGUGAUAUACAUGUUCUUGAAAGAGUUGCCUGACCAGGAAGUUACAAUGAUACCCCUUCCCCUCCUCUCCACCCAUUUGUAGCCCUGGAAAUUCAUUCCUAAAGAAUUGCCCUCCUCAAUAACUCUGCUCCUUGCUUGCAGAGUGCCAUGGUCAAGUCAUUCUGAGGUCACAUAACAUGUAUAAAAUUAGCUUCUAUGUAUCUAUACCAUUUAAAGGAUAUUUUUUCCAGAAAAAAAAAAGGAAUAUUACAAUGUUGGAGGAGAGAUAAGUUAUAGGGAGUUGUAUUUCAACAUCUGGUCCAAGAUUCCAAAAUCCAAUUGAUUGUGGACAUUUUAAUUAUUGCCAUCGUGUGCUUGUUUCAUUCAGUGUUAAUGCACUUUUCACAGUUGGACAUGGUGUUAGUAUAGCCAGACGGGUUUCAUUAUUAUUCCUCUUUGCUUUCUCAAUGUUAAUUUAUUGCAUGGUUUAUUCUUUUUUUCUUUACAGCUGAAGUUGCUUUAAAUGAUGGUUAAAGUUACAAAUUAAAAUGUUAAUUUUUAUCAAUGUGAUUGUAAUUAAAAUAUUUUGAUUUAAAUAAUGAAAAUGACAAAUUUUAAGCCGUGGAAUAUGUUCUUGAUCAUUUGCAGUUAAGGACUUUAAAUAAAUCAAAUGUUAACAAAAAAUAAGGAUUUCUGUUAUUUGCCUUAAUUAAAUCCAAAAUAGAUAUUCUGAAUAUGGUAUUUUUCAAAGUCCGGCACUGAAUAUAAACGUCAAAAAGGAAAACUAUCUUAAGAGCUGUAUUGUUUAUGUUUAUUAUAUGUGAAUGUAGCUAGUAAAAAGCAAUUAAGGAUAUUCAAUUAAAGUAGAUCUAUAAAAAGGUAGAUAAACUGAUUUUAUAUUCUAAGGAUUGAGAUUUUUUAAGAUUCUUUAUUCCCAGUAAUGUUUACUUCAAUUUUUGACAAGGGUGUAAGCUUUCUGUGUUUCCUUUGAGACUUUCCACAGUGAAGUCAAAUAUUAAUUUAACUACCUUUCCCCUCCUCCAAUGUAUUAUUUUCCUUUAUCUGAAAAGUGUUCAAGUGAGAAUAAAAUAUCAGAUAUAGCCGAUAAAAUUAAGUUGUCUACAACAGAGGAUCCCAAACUCUCUUUUUAUUGAAAAAGGAAAAAAAACUUAACCAUGACGGUAGCUUUAGAGGGGGCCCAGGGAGGCCCGAGUUAAUUUACUCCUGCAGGGGAAGCUUUGUGCCACCAAGGCAUUUCAGGGUUGCCGCUACUUUGUAUUUUGUGAAGAUAUUUUUAAAAAAAAUACUGUUUCUAACAUUUUUUUUUCCCUGAGAACUUAAAGCUGAUGAUUUGUUUGCCUUCUAAGAAGCUUUUAAAUGCAACUUCACACCCCUACAGUUGGUUGAGAUCACAAAAUCAUUAAUCUCCUUUGAUAGUAGGCUCACUUUCCAGUCCACCUAUUUCUUUGUAAGCCUCGUUCGGAUUGACAUCAACAAUAACAACACCAGCCCAAGCAGAGGCUGGCCUGCCUGAGCCCUUGUGUAUGAACUCCAUCCUCGCUAGGGCUUGAACUUGGACAGCCUUUACUUUGAUCGCCCCACUCCUUACCGCGGACAAGAUAAAAAGAGCUGUGUGAGUCCCCUAAUUAUCGCGUAAUUGCCUCCCCAGAUGAGAGAAGGGGUGCCUUGCAGCACUUGAGAAAAAUUCAGAAAUCCAGUCACUCACCCCCACCCCCGCCCCAGCCCCAGCCCCCGCUCUCAAUUCAACUAAUGAAAGGAGGAGAUGGAAAUUACUGGUUUGAGUAAUUUCAAAAUCUAAUUUAGAGGCCUCUCGGAAGGAUGCUAAGGUCCCAAAGAAAAAAAGCUUUCAAUCCCAAUAGUUACUUAUAUUUAUAUAAUUAGUAAACGUUGGCAUUUUUGGAAUUUUCGAAUUCUAAAAGUCAUGUAAAGUCCUAAGCUUGGACCUCGGAAUUUUACCCUGCCCCACUGAACCUCAACUGUCUUUGUUCCUGUCUCUCUUUUUAACACAUUAACGAUAUUAACGCCUAGCCUACACCCACCAGGCUUAAGUUGGCCUUAGCUCUUGCUGUCUCACUUCACAGAGACUUUUCCUAGGUUUGCAGGGGACGAGGCGCGCUGCGGGGUUUGCCUAGGCCACAGUGGAGACCCGCCUGGGGAGCUCGCCUGGUGUGUCGCUGGGAGCGGGGCUCGCCUCGAGAGCUGCUCACGCGAUUUUCUGACCGCGUCCUCUGCCACCACCGCUGGGCCACGCCAUCUGCGGCCGGCGCAUUGGGACGCGCGUGGGCUGAGGCCGGCAGCCGAUUGCCGGGCAAGGGGGGGGUGGGGGGUGUUGGUCAGAGAAAGACCGCGAGCAUCUCGAGGUGACAAGUGCAGUUAGUUCUUCAUUGUUUGGGCAUUUUCCCCUCCUAGCGAAUAAAUCUUCUGUUGAGCCCGAGACCUAAAAGUCAACAAAGAAGGCCGGGCGCCUCGUAACCGUUUCUGCGGCCCCAACGCCCGCGUUGCCGGGGCUGCUCCCGCUGCGUAAUCCCUUCCUCGGAAACCCGGACACACAAACGCCGGAACGCCAGCGGCCGGGGCGCCGCACCCCGGCGCCAGGAGGAAAACAUCUGUAGUUCUGAGAAGUGUUGGGACCCUCCCCGAGUGCGCCGCCUUCCAGCGACCCCCUCCCACGUCUCUUUUCGUCCGGGAGUUUCUAUAUUUCUUCACUUCGGAUGCUCUGGCAGAAGACGGCCGGAAAGGGGAUGCUGACCGCUCAGCCGCGGUCCAGGGGACUCGCUGUAUUUAGGAAUUUCGCCCGAGGUGGGGGAGGGGUCUUCAGAGGGGGAGGGAGGGAGCAAGAAGGGAAAAACCUUCCUUUCGACCCAAGUGCAAAUCUCCGGAGGCCCUCCGAUCCACUAACAAGGCUACAGAGUAAACAGUUUUAGAAAACAAAAAUGUUUUGAGAGUGAGUAUAGUGCUGGAGAGGGGAACUUCCAAGUGUUAUUUUCACCUUGGCCAGGCCUGAAAUUUUUUUGUAACUGAUAAAAAGGAAGACAACUAAAUUUAGGAAAGAAGAAAAGCUCACUAUUUUUUAUUCAGCAGAAACUACACAACUUCGAAGUGUUCCCAAGUAGAAGGCAGUUCAACGUUUUCUACAAGGUAGCUCAUACAGUUGCAAAACCAAAGAUAAAAUUUAAUUUUUAUUGUCCCUUUGUGAUCCCCUCUCAGUAGAAUAAACGGGUGAGAAUUAUUAUGGGAGAAGGAUUAAACAAGCAAAAUUCUAUUAAAGUUCUUAACUUCUGUUUUCCUUUUUUGAAAACUAGAUACCCAACUUUUUAUCACUAACAGCAUAAAAAUACAGCAUUCUAACAGAUUGAAUGAGCCUUAGUGAAAAAGAAUUUCUGGAGUGAUAAAAUUUUUAAACUUUGUUAUUUUGGCACUUUAAAAAAUUAAUCUCAAUUCCGUGAAAAUGCCUAUAUCAUUUCUUUGCAGAAAACUUCAGUGAUCAAUACAAAUUCCUUUCAAUGCAGGCCAGUGUAGGAGACCUGUAGCCCAAAUUCAUUAACCUUUCCUCAAGAUCAAUUGGUCUUCUGUUGACUUAGCAGUAAUAUCAUAGAACAUUUAGCUAUAAUGUAUUUUAAUGUGAUACUCAAUAUGUCAAGAGAAAAAAACUCGAAAAAAUAAAAUUGUUUAAAUUG